GCCAACCCAGCCGGGGUUGUGUUCCUGUAACCCAACCAGCUCAGCCUGUUCAGCCAGGUCACGCCACAGUCUCGGUAUAUCGCGAUACUUUGUUGCUUCAUUCCUUCGCAGCGGUCCAAGUUCCACUCCGGUUUUCAAGUUAGUGAGUGUGUAUGCGCGCGCGCGCGCGUGUGUGUUAGUGAGUGUCUGAGUGAGUGUGUGUGAGUGCGUUAGUGAGUGUGUGAGUAUGUAAGUUGGUGUGUGUUCGUGAGUGUGUGUGCGCGCGCGUGCGUGUGUGUUAGUGAGUGUGUGAGGAUGUAUGUUGGUGUGUGUUAGUGAGUGUGUGUUUGUGUGUGUCAGUGAGUGUGUGUGUGUGUGUGUCAGUGAGUGUGUGUGUGAGUGUGUGUGUGUUAGUGAGUGUGUGUUCGUGAGUGUGUGAGGAUGUAUGUUGGAGUGUGUGAGUGAGUGUGUGUUUGUGUGUGUCAGUGAGUGUGUGUGUGUGUGUGUGUGUGUGUGUGUGUGACAGCAGGUAAGCCAAUGAGCCUGGAGCUUCAGAUGUCUCUCUGUAGGAAAUGCAGUACACUGCACAGGGCGUGAGCGCUGUUCUGUCCCAGCCGGUGUAGUGCACUUGUGGAGGAAGUGUGGAAACAUUUCAGCUUUGUACAUCCGCCUUCCUUCUGAACGCUUUCUUGAGUGGUCUGUUUUUCGGUUGUGACGCGAGUCUGUUGGAUAUUUGUACAUUUUUAAAGUGUAAGUUUUGCGGAAGUUCUCAGCAGCAGCAGUGUUGGUGGUGCUGGUGGUGUUGGGAGAUGGUGUGAAAGCUACACGUCAGGACUCGGCUUACCCGAGAACAUCUUCACCUGCUCACACGGUCAGAGCUGUACACUCUGCAGUCACCUAAGCAUGGAUCAUCGCCAUGUAUUCAAUACCCUGGAGACAGUGUGUGAGGAAACCAUCUCUGCCAUCUCUAUGCAUUCAAGUUUGCUACAGAAUGAUGCCACCAGUCAACUGCUGGCAACAAUGAGACGCAUUCAUGAGCAUGGGCAAGCUGUCAAUGCCCUGGUCAGUGGCUUUGCCGCUGUGUAUCACCAUUUUGAUUUUAACACAGACACACCUGCAAAUGGCUACCGCACCUUAGUCAAGGUGGUCCUUUCCUGUGUACUCUAUAUAAUCCAGAAGGGCCGCUACAUUGCCUCCAACUGCGGGGGGAUGUUUUUUCGUGUGGAGCACAAUGCUGGCGAGAUGGAGGCGUACUGCAUGGCGCUUUGUCAGCUGCGUGCACUGCUCUACCUGGCACAGCGUUUACUCAGCAAUAACAAACAUGGGCAGCUCCACUCGCUGGAAGACGAAGGUCUGAGCAGGAGGUUCGUCAACGAGUACACAUCUAUGCACAAGGCUUGUUUCUAUGGGCGUUGCCUGGGCUUUCAGUUCUCUCCUUCUCUCAGGCCUUUCCUACAGACAGUGGUCAUCAGUAUGGUGUCAUUUGGAGAGAACUACAAGAAACAGCAGACUAGAUUAGGAAGGGCAGCACUCUCGGUCAUUACUUCGGGGAAGUACGUGGUGGAUCCUGAGCUGAGGGGGGCGGAGUUUGAACGCAUCACUCAGAACCUGGAUAUGCAUUUCUGGAAGACCUUUUGGAACAUCACAGAGACAGAACUGAUAUCAAGUUUAGCGAGCAUCAGGUCACAUGCUGUGCAGGUGAAUUUCACUCUAACUAUUCCAGGUGAGCCACUGAGUUUACCUCUAGCCUCAGACACAAGUCUCUCAGUCACAGUGUCGCCUCCCAUUGCUCACUGGGGGCCGGGACCUGUUCACGUACGCCUCAUCUCUCACAUGCUGCGUCAGGGACAGGAUAGUGCUGAGUUGCUCUCGUUCUCUCGAUCUCAGCUACCUCUUUCUGUAGGCUUCAGGACUCAGAGUGGCCCUCUCUCUCCAUGGCUUCUCAUCCACUUUCAUGGGGGCGGAUUUGUGGCCCAGACCUCUAAAUCUCACGAAAGUUACCUAAAGAGCUGGUCAAAGGAUUUGAAUGUACCCAUUCUAUCCGUGGAUUACUCACUGGCUCCUGAAGCCCCCUUUCCUCGGGCUCUGGAAGAAUGUUUCUAUGCUUACUGCUGGGCUCUAAAGAACUGUCGAUUACUGGGCUCGACAGCAGAACGUGUGUGUCUAGCAGGAGACAGUGCUGGUGGGAACCUGUGCAUCACUGUCUCUAUGAAGGCCAUGUCUCAUGGAGUAAGAACCCCCGAUGGCAUCAUGGCUGCCUACCCAGCGACACUCCUGACAACUGACGCCUCACCGUCACGGUUUCUUACGCUCAUCGACCCAGUGCUGCCUCUUAGUGUGCUUUAUAAGUGUGUCAGUGCAUACACUGGUAUGGAUUGUGUGUCGGUGCAGCCCAGGCAGCAGCUGGACAGUCUGAGCACUCUGGGACGGGACACUGCGCUUUUUCUUGAGAACAUCACACAAGGAGCUUCCAACUGGCUGCAGUCGCUCCUUGACCGCACGUCUACCUCACCCGCUAGAUCAUCUGAUGGUUCUCAAAAUGCCGUGCCUCAUUCUGCUGACAUGGUGCAGGGCCCAAGGGAAUUCCCAGAAGGCUUUGAACCACUGCGCUCUGGGUGUCUGGCAGAGAUUCAUACCCCCUGCACUCCUAUCAUGAAGAACCCAUUUGUGUCUCCUCUACUUGCACCUGACAGUCUCCUCAGGGGACUGCCACCUGUACAUCUAGUGGCUUCAGCUUUGGAUGCUCUGUUGGAUGAUUCUGUGAUGUUUGCCAAAAAGCUGAAGAGCAUUGGCCAACCAGUGACCUUGACUGUAGUGGAGGACAUCCCACAUGGCUUCCUCAGCCUUUCACAGCUCUGCAAAGAGACUAAGGAUGCAUCGGACAUUUGCGUAGCACGAAUCAGAGAAGUCUUUGAGCUAGAUGCACCACAGUAAAGCUCUCUUAUGGAAUAAGCCUAAUGAUCACACAUUAAAUAGUCCUAAUAAACUGACAAAGCAGUGUUAUGAGAAGGAAAGAGGUUGAUAAGAAAAAAUGUAAGGAACUGUGGGAAAAAAAUUAGAAAAACACAGUUCAUUAGACUAAAGAUACCUCAAAAUGGCACAGUUUCAUGUUGUAACUUGAAGUACCGAAGUUAGGAACCUCUGCACUGUGAAAGUACAGCAAAAGAGAGACUGUGUUUACUGUGCAAAUGUCGGAACAAACUAACUUAGGUUUUAUGUUUAUUUAUUUCUUAAUGUUCUACAAAUUCACCACAUGUGCCUCUUUGGUCAUUUCAGACCUUUCAGAACUUUGUGUUUUGCCAUCCCUCCCACCCAAAGAGUACGGCCAGUUUAGCUCCCUUGACACUCAAUACUUUUCCCCUGCACCACUUGAGAGUCUACUUGCCUUAAGCAAAACAUGUGCUGUUUAAGUGUCCCUGUGUUAUAAUUAGGCAUUUUUCAACUCCAGUUGCAUAGUAACCAAACCAAAGGCAACCUAUACUACUAAGCCUAUUGAUUUGAAAUGUUAUUAACAGUAACAUGUAUUUAAAUCAGUCUUGAUUAUUGUACAUUUUUUAAUAUAUGAUAUAUGGUUUUCUGAGAUUGGAUGUCAUUCACACCCUGAAAUACUUAAUCGUAAGGUGCCACCCCUCUCAUGUGGCCUUGUGAGCUACAAUAUUUGCACACAGCUCAACUUGAAACUGUAAAAAAUAUGUUACUUGGGCCUCAUGUAUCAAGCUGGAUAUGAACAGAUUUAUUCUUAAAUAGUUCGCACGAGCGUUUACACAAGAAAUUUGGUAUUCAUGAAAAUCCCUUUAAUUCAGAAAAACAUUCGUAUGCUACUCGUGCUUCUGAAGAUUAACUAGUCAAGAAGAUUAACUAAUGUAAACCUCGACUUGAUGGACUUCAAAUCAUAUCAUUUGCAUGGGUUACUGCAUUUUUAUAUAUGGAAUAUACUGUCGAGGUUAAAUUUUUAUUACAUUUACAGCAUUUAGCAGAUGUCCUUAUCCAGAGCGACUUAUAGAAGGGCUUGUCUCUAUCAAAAGCACAUCCUCAUGCUAGUUUACUAGGCCAGGGACUAAGAAUACCAUCGAGAACAUUUUGUUAAAACCAGUUGUUUUAUAUUAUUGGUAUUUAUUAAAGAACAUAAAAAAUAAAGAAAGCAAGCUAGCACAAACCCAUAAAUUUAGACAAAUAAAAUGAAUCAUUCAAUUAUUACAAAAGAAAUGGUGCAGUAUAAACAGAGGAUGGACCAGUCUGUCUGCACAGAGCCGUAAGCCUUAAACAAACACCUCAGCUGACGAAAGAUUUAGCACUUGCUUAUUAUUAUUAAUAUUAUAUAUUUAAAAAUAUUUUUAUUGGCAUAGAAAUUAGUCAAAAUAACCUCCACUUCUGUCUUUCAGCCUUUACCCUGAUUAUUCAUUUCAUGUUCCUAGCUGUCUGUGCACUUGACCUUUUAUGGGGUUUUGUGGGCGGCACUAAAUGCAACAUUCAACUCAAUGUCUUUGAAGGCCAAACUGCCUCUUUUGAUUUAAGACAUUGAUGAAUAAUGUGCAAUGUGUAAAUCUGGUAUUAACACUUCAACUUGGAGAGUUUGUCCAUUUUUGGCUGGUGUAGAGUUAAUAAAAAAUAAUCUCUGUGUCUUUAUGGAUUUUAAGUAUAUUGAAAACAAACUCAGUAGGUGCUUUCAUUUGAAUAGGUGAUGGUUUUGAGGAAAGCUCCAAAUUCACAUGAAUUUUCACAAAUAAAGAGAUGUCUGAAUUAAUUAAUUCAUCAUUAAUGUCUGAAUUAUAACUGACAAAAUUUGGAUGCAUCCGCUUUAAAUGUUUUACAUGUGCAAAAGAAAUCUGUAUAUUAGGGCACAGCUACUUUGGUAUGGCAUUAAUAAUGAAUGCUGUGUAUUUUACUACCACUUAACAGCCUUUUUAUAACAUUAUAACAGCCACUUAUUUCUAAUCAGCUGUCAAUAGACCACUUGUGUUUGUAUUUAUAUUUCUUCAUAUUUUUAAGGAUUCAGGACAACUUCAGAGUGUUUCAACUUUUCAGGAAUGUUUUUUCCUGUCUCACAGCUAAUAAAUAUAAUUUUGGACAUGCUUUGAA